CUUCCGGUCCGCUGUUCGUGAGCUCCCUUUCCCGGGCGUCUCCCCGCAACCUCCUCAACUUCCCUAGUCCGUGACGCGGCGCCGGACAGAAAUCCUACGGGGCAGGGGCACCGGCGAGCGUGAGUUGCAGUUAAAGGAAGAUGGACACACACAGUUCAGCCAAAGUCAAUGCAAGAAAGAGGAGGAAAGAGGCACCUGGACCCAAUGGGGCAACACAGGAAGAUGGAAUUCCUUCAAAAGUGCCACGCUCUGCAGUAGGCUUACGGCAGCCAGCUCCUUUUUCUGAUGAAAUUAAAGUUGACUCUAGUAAGCCUUAUGUCAGGGUAACUAUGGAAGAAGCCUGCAGAGGAACUCCUUAUGACCGGCCUGUGAGAGUUUAUGCAGAUGGAAUAUUUGACUUAUUUCACUCUGGUCAUGCCCGGGCUCUGAUGCAAGCAAAGAACCUUUUCCCUAAUACAUAUCUCAUUGUGGGAGUCUGCAGUGAUGAGCUGACGCACAACUUCAAAGGCUUCACGGUGAUGAAUGAAAAUGAGCGCUACGAUGCAGUGCAGCAUUGCCGCUAUGUGGAUGAAGUGGUGAGGAAUGCCCCCUGGACCCUGACACCCGAGUUCCUGGCAGAACACCGGAUUGAUUUUGUAGCCCAUGAUGACAUCCCUUAUUCUUCUGCUGGGAGUGAUGAUGUUUAUAAGCACAUCAAGGAAGCAGGCAUGUUUGCUCCAACACAGAGGACAGAAGGUAUCUCCACAUCAGACAUCAUCACCCGAAUUGUCCGGGACUAUGAUGUGUAUGCGAGACGAAACCUACAGAGAGGCUACACAGCUAAGGAGCUCAAUGUCAGCUUUAUCAAUGAGAAGAAAUACCAUUUGCAGGAGCGGGUUGACAAAGUAAAGAAGAAAGUGAAAGACGUGGAAGAAAGGUCAAAAGAAUUUGUUCAGAAGGUAGAGGAAAAAAGCAUUGACCUCAUUCAAAAAUGGGAGGAGAAAUCCCGAGAAUUCAUUGGAAGUUUCCUGGAAAUGUUUGGUCCUGAAGGAGCACUGAAACAUAUGCUGAAAGAAGGAAAAGGCCGGAUGCUGCAGGCCAUCAGUCCAAAGCAGAGUCCCAGCAGCAGCCCUACUCGUGAACGUUCCCCUUCCCCUUUUCGAUGGCCCUUCUCUGGCAAGACUUCCCCACCUUCCUCUCCAGCAAACCUCUCCAGGCACAAGGCUGCAGCCUAUGAUAUCAGUGAGGAUGAAGAGGACUAAUUUGCCAUUCCUCCUUCCCUUUCCCCUUCCUCUGGCCUAUCACUUUCAGAGGCUCUCUGUUGAAUUCCAAAUUGUGAUCCCAACACUAAACCCAAGGACAACUACAAAGGAGAGUUUUGGGGCAAGAGGAUCUGGGAUGGGGGAACCAAACAGCCCAUCCUCCAAGAGGUAUCAAUCGCCCACACCAAGGAGGAGGCUGACUACACCUUAGAAGCCUGUUCUGCAUCCCUCUACCCUCUCCAAGGACUUUGCUUUACUGUUUGUAUUCAUGUGAUCUUGACAGGGAAAUUGUCAUUUUUAUUAAUUUAAAGAAAAUUAGUCUUUCAAAUGGAGUAAGUAGAACUAAUAUUUUGCCCCUGAAGAGUGGGCAGAAGAAGGAAGUGGUGUAUCUACCCAGAGGCCUUUUCUUCACACUAUAGUGUUUGCCUUCUGUUCUGAAGCAAACUGACUUGCCAAGUCCUUUAAGCAAUGGGCCAUGUUGAUGGGUGAUUUGGGGGCCAUGGUUGGGAAGGGGGUUAUCGUAAUUUUGAUUUCCUUUAAAAAAAGCUAAAAGCUGAAUAAUUCAGUCAGACACACCCUAAAUGUAUUGCUGGCACAUGUGCCAAUGUGGGAAGAAGGAGCUCUGAGCCUAACUUUUCUUACUCCUUGAGGAGUUUCUUGCUGGACCCAGUGGGAUCCAUGAAAACACUGAUGGGGAUGGCACCAGACCACAUGGCAUCAUCUGUAGUCUUUCUGCCAUGCUCUUCUCAGAAAACUCUUACCCAGUUAUUUGAGAGCCCUUGGCAAUCUCUUUACUACAGUGUACCUUUAAAAAAAAGGAGUACUUUGGGGGUUGCUAUGAUUGAGGAAGGAGGACUAUACUCAGUCCAAUACAAACUCAGUUUAGAUUAAUUUCCUGCUGGGAGUAAGUCCCUGGCCCUAUUACCCUAAUUUCAAUGAUAUUACCUAGCUUUUUACAAAGAAUACUUUACAGAUGUCUGCAGUUUGAACAUGGUCUGUUAAUUCAUGUUGCUCAGAGCCAUAUUAAGUAUUUAGAGAGGUUUGCACAGAACAUAGAGGCAACAGCAUAAGGAAACCCCUCCCUUUCUAAAGCAACAGCCUUAUCUUGACCUCUUCCCCUCUUAAGAAUGCUCUUAACUGGAGCCAGUGCUCCACAGAGUGUUUCUUUCCCUUUGAGAUCUGCAGCUGGAAGGGACUUCCUCCCCUGCCCCUCAGCAGGCCACAAAGCAUGGGUUCACAUUGUAGAAGUAGGUAGCUUCACUUCCUGGCAUUUGCUCCCAUGUGCCUGGUGGUUAUGGUCCCACCACUCCUGUUAGGUUGCUCAGGGGGACUCACCACUUAAACUGUACAUCAAAGAAUGCUGACACUUCACACUGUGCUGCUGAGCAUGAGCUGAUUUUUAAACCUGCAGCAUCCUGUCUCCUCAGCUACAUGACCUAGCAGAUCAACCACCAGUAAUCGUGUAGCUGGAUUCAGGAGAAAAUUGCCUAUUCCAGGCCCCACCCCCUGUUACUCAUAAACACCCCUUCUUAGGGUGGAGUUUUAGUGUUUUCAGCCAAGAAACCCACAUUUCAUAUUUUUCUUGUCCCUCUGCUAAUGCUGUGAUCCUCCCACAGUCCCUUCCUUGAACACUUUCUGGUGAAACUGGCUCUUCUGCCUGAGAGUCAGAGGCUGGAAUCAUUGCCUGCCUGCACAGCAGAACUACCUAGGUUCUUAAAACCCAGAUCACCCAGAGAGGCAGAGCAUGGCAAAGUAAAGGAACAAAGAGGGGGAAACCUCUUGUUAUCCUAAUGGCCUAUGAAAACUGCACUUCAAAUUCUUCUCAUCAAGUGCUAUUUCUACUGUCAAAUCUGAUUCACACAAGCUUUGGCUUAGGAUCUUUUUUUUGAAACAAUUGAAGUUAAUGUUUUCCCAUAUUACCCAGCUUCAUAUGAUCACAUAUUUUAACUUUUCUGCAUCAGGUUUCUGUCUUUGGGAAUUUUGCCUAUUUCUGUCUGGCUUAUUCUCUCUGGUACUUGUUCCCUCGAAGCACAUUUUACCCAAGGGUAUUUGGAAAGGGACAUGCUCAGAAUGUGGUUUUCCCCCCUGCAGUCAUUCCUCUCAGGUAUGUUGUCUGGGCCCCAAAUGCUUGAGUCUUCCUCCUCCGCUCUUUCAGUGGGCUUCUUUUAGCAUUUCCUUUACCUGGAAUAUGAGCUCCAGGCUAAUCACCUGUGAGACUGCUAGGGCCAGCAUGUGUACAAGUUCUUGGAAGAUUCUCCCACCCCUUUUGGUGAGCUACUGCCUCAGUCUCUAACACUAGAAAAUUUUCAAAUAAUUUUGACUGAAGGCAAAAACUUUUAUGGCAGAUAUAGAGAUUAAACCAUAUUAAAUACCUUGGGAUAAAUGUGAUCCAAGGUGCUGGGCAAGGGUGGGUAGAUGGAAGAAGCUGUUGGAAUUGAUGCAUUAUUUGAUCGCUGACCUAAUUAAAUAAGGUUAGUUUGCAUACCACAGACACGCCUGUAAUCCAUAAGUCUUCAAAUAUUAAUGUUUGAGGCUAUGGAGCUAUUUCCCUGAGUUCUAUACACAAGGAAACAGUCCUAUACACAAGAGAACUUUAAAAGUUGGUUGGUCUCAGAGCUUCUGUCUGCAAGAUAGAAGGUGGCUGGAGAUAAAAGCCCCAUAGCCAAUCUGAGGAUGUGCUAUUUCAGCAAUUACCUUGUGGUGACCUGGGCAGAAAGUUUGCUCUUUUCAUACACUAGACUCAGGAGUACUGCAGUAUUGAAGUUGAAUCUUUAGAGGAAUAGAAAUGGAUCAUUUGUGCUGCUGCAGUUGCCUCUGGGAGCUAGAUCCAAAGACCAUCAUUUUUACGAAGCUUAGGUAAGAAGGUUAGGGAUGAGUGGAGGUUAAAACUCCUGAAGAGGAGAAAAAAUAUUAUAACUUUUUUUUACCUUUUCCAUUGCUGAUGACUUCUGAGGCAGCACCCAAGUUACGUUUUUAUUUUACUUGUGACCAGACAGGGUGUAAAGCAAUCUCUGGAUAUUCACUUCACAAUGGAUCUUCACAGUGCUUUUGAUACUCUAUUUCUGCAUUAUCUUGGCUUGUGGAUAACUUUUCUGGAGCUUAUUGCCUUUUUAAUCCUAUUCCAGAUCUCUUUUCUGAAAUCUUUCCAAAUCAAUUAUAUUUUGCUGCUUUACUUUAAUUCCCUAAAAGCCAUAGCUUCUAAAUUUUCUGUUAGCAUACCUCUCACCAGAAGUUGAACCAGUAAUACAGGUAGAAAAAAAAUUCCCUUAACAAUGUUUUUAACAGUAUUUUUUUUAAAGCUUAUCAAUAUAAGUAUUUUUAAAGGUAAUAUUUUUCAAAGUCAUAACAAUGAUUGUUUUUGUUUUCUCUCAUACAACAUAUUGUCAUGGGAUAAAGAGUGGUCCCUAGCUUCUAUUUUUCCAAAUAAAUAAGUAGAACAUGUUCUUGGGAUUGUGUUAUUAAAUAUUUCCUUAAAAAUAAAAAAGAAAAGAUUUUCUGUUGCCAAAGUUUUAUGUUAGUGUUCAGAUUGAGGUAGAAAACAGAAGCAACACAUUUAACAUUAAAUAUUGGGUUACGAUGACUCAGGUUGUGUUCCUUUAGAUUUGAAGUGGGCCUUCCCACCCUUCUUCAGGAGGCAUUGAAUGUUUGGAACACAGAGACUUGAUUUAUUGGAUUGUUUUGUAAUGAGGAUCCUGAAAAGAAAAAAGUGUCUUAGAAAGAAAUGCUGGCCUUAGCAUGAGUGUUAGCCAGAGUCCACAGAAAAGUUUUCCUCAAUUGGUGUUCAGUAUAUUAUUUUCCUGUCUGAGUGUUAUUAGUUUGUUCAGAGUUAUUUUGGCUCUUGUCAUUUAGCCAAAUAAAGGCAGAGUGUUUUACCCAA